AUGACCACCGCUCCUGGCUUCGACAACGACUACUUCCCUGCUCGCCUCAAUGCCCCGCUGAAAGCUGGCCGCUAUAAGAUUCGCCGUAAGCUCGGCGAGGGCGUGUCCUCGUCUUCUUGGAUUGUCUACGACGAGGAUGGCGAGCGAGGCUACAAGUACCUCGCUGCCAAGAUUCUGACCGUCGACGCCACAAAACGACAUGGCACGGGCCAGAUGCGCGAGCUCGAGUUCAUGAAGGAGAUCAGAGGGUGGAAAGACUCUGACCACCUUCCCCUGCUACGUGAUCACUUUGUUGAGCGUGGCCCGCGGGGCGAACAUCUGUGUCUGGUCAUGGACCUUUACAGCACCUCUGUCUCGGCCCUGCGUCGUUCAGCACCUCACAAGGCGCUGCCGCCUUACAUGACGCGAAACAUUAUCAUGAUGCUGGUGGAAGCUCUCGUCCAGCUGCACUCAAUGCGCAUAGUCCACACAGAUGUGAAGCUAGACAACCUCCUCUUCGGCAACUCGCUUUAUUACUGGGAAGAGGACCUCGACCGCUUCCUCGAGGCAAACCCAGCCGAGACAGACGGUAGCUUCGAGCUUGACGGCGAGAGCUACCCCCUCCUCAAGUCCCAACCAAUCCCACACGGCUAUUCCUGGGAUACCAACGCGUUCGAAGCCGAGUUGAUGCUCAUCUACCUAGUGGACUACGGCCAAGCCCAGCGCGCGGGCGAGCAGCCUACGACCGACUGCUUCAGCGCGUACGCCCUCCGCGCCCCGAAGUUAUUCUCCAGUCUGACUUUGGGCCAGGACUGGACAUCUGGGCCGUCGGCUGCAUUGUACGCUCCUACGUUCGAGCUCCUUGUGGGCCGCUGGCUCUUCCACCCGGAAGAGGGCGAGGACUGGAGUGUGGAGGACGACCACCUCGCGAAGAUGAUGGAGAUGACCGGCCAACGCUUCCCCGCGCCGAUGCUCGAACGUGCGAAGCGGCGAAAGGAGUUUUUCGAUGACGAUGGCAACCUCCUGCGCAUUUCGGAGCUCAUACCGAGCAGUCUGGAAACCGCCAUGGCGAACUACAAGGUACCGGGCCUCUCGGAGGACGAGAUCAAGAAGGCGGCGGACUUCAUCCGCGCCUGUUUGCGUUUCGACUACUCGGAACGUGCCACGGCGGAGGAGUUGCAAGAUCACGCGUUCCUGGCAGACGCGUUCAAAUGCUAG